CAAAACACAUAUAUCGCUUACUUACUGAUUUUCAAAACCAGACUAUACCACAACAACCAAUUUAUCAUUAUGGUUCAGAAGCUAACCCCUUUUUGUCCUAUCUUGGACAAACAUAUACAUACCUAUAAAAUCUUUUUAAUCUACAAUGACUUUAAUUAGACUGACGUGAUAUUACUUUAAUUUGACUAUUUUGUUGCAGAUUUGGAUUUUUGCACAUUUUUCGUCCACAGCGACGUCGAUCAGUCGCUGAUUGAAGUGGACGAAGAUGGGCGAAAAACAGCACUCCGUUUACCUGUCCCAGUUGAAGGCUAUGUUGAAGAGGAACAUCCUACUAAAAAAGAGAGAGAAGCGGAAAACCACAGCGGAAGUGCUGCUACCCUUGUAUUCUCUCUCUAUCUUAAUAAUAAUGAAGCUGGUGUUGCCAAAUCCAAAUCUGCCUGAGAUCGACACCCCACGGGGAGAAGCGGAGCUUUUGGAGCACUUCAGAAUGUUAAACAACCAUACUAUAGCGAUCGUGCCUAACACCACACAAACCAUGGAAUUUCUACGAAAAGUAACUAGCCUAUGGGACUCCAUAAAUAACGGAAGAAACAUAUCCAUGAUCACUUGGGUUCCUUUUGAAACUGAAAAGGAUUUAUUACGGGCCUACUGGAUGAACCCCGAAAGUAUACCUAUAGCAGUUCUAUUUGAUGAUCCCGGGCCAAUUGAAGGUCAACUCAAGUACGAAAUUAGAACAAAUCCAUCACUGUAUGCAACCCCGCCAACAACAAGCCUAUACAGUUCAGAACUAGCAUGUAGGAGUACGGCCAAGGAAUGGUACACUUUCACUGGUGUCUUACCUGCCAUAGAAGGAGGAGACAGUUGUCCUGUCAAUCAGUAUUAUUUUUCAGGAUUUCUAGCCCUGCAAGCUUUACUGGAUUAUACGAAAAUUCGGAUCGACACAAAUUCAGACCUUAAAAUUCCGCAACUGCUUUUGGAAAUGUUUCCGAAAAAGGCACACACAGGCACUUGGAUGGUUGUGAUUCGGGUACUGAUUCCGAUCUAUAUGGUGACGUCACUCUCGCAGUUUGUCACCUAUUUGUUGAUUUUGAUAGUUGGCGAAAAGGAAAACAAAAUAAAGGAAGGGAUGAAAAUUAUGGGACUGAAAGAUUCUGUUUUUUGGCUGUCUUGGUUCAUCAUAUAUGGCAUAUUCGUCUUAUUUUUGACGAUAGUUUGCUGCGUAUUGUUAUUCACACUAAAAGUGUUCCAGAAUACUAAUUUCUUCUUAAUAUUCAUGUUGGUGCUACUGUACUCGUUCUCAAUUAUAAUGUUCGGAUUUAUGAUCACGCCCUUCUUCGAUAAGUCGAGGACAGCUGGAAUUCUAGGAAACUUCAUAGUGAUAAUAAUGAGCCUUUUCUACUUUAUACAAGUGUUCUUCAAAGAGUCCAGUUCUGUGGUAUUGUGGAUUAUAUCACUGCUUAGUUCGUGUGGAUUUGCUCUUGCCAUGGAUAACGCUUUGGUGAUGGAUUUGUCCGGUAGAGGAGUGAACUUUGAUAACCUGUGGGAGGGUGCAAUGCCUUUUGGUGGUAGCUUAAUCUUGAUGGCCCUAGAUAUAGUGUUGUAUGGUUUGCUUGCCUAUUAUUUGGAUAGUGUGGUGCCAAGUGAACAUGGUGUGAAACGUCAUCCACUAUUUUGCUUUAAGCCUUCAUAUUGGUGUGCCAAGAAACGCAUGCAAAGGAUACCCUUGUCAGCAAAUGGGGAUGGGUCCGUUCACUCUUUGAACAACACUGAUUCCACUAUAGAUGUUGAGCCAGUUUCAAGAGAAAUGCGUGGACGUGAGGCGAUAAAAAUUGUGGAUCUUUACAAAAGUUUCCAUGUAAGCAAUUUUCAAACAUUAUGCUUUGAAUGCAGCUUGUUACCUCUAUAAUUACAGAGUUGUAGAAAGC